GAGAGUGGGAAAACUGGUUCCCAUUCGAAAAUCAUUUUGUCGCUUUGUGGAACCAUUAAAUUAUUUUUGAAAUUUAAAUGGCAGAAGUUCCAGAAAACAAAACCGGAGAAGGUGGAUUUUUUGUCAGAAAGUUAGAUAUUGGAUUGAUAUCACCUCUGACUCUGUACCAGAAAGAAGUCGGCAAUGUUAGCUGUGUAGUAUGGGACGCGGCGAUAGUACUCGCGAAGUAUUUAGAAGUAGAAAAUUCGCGGAAUAAGUCGUGGCUUAAAGGUAGUUCAGUUGUAGAACUUGGUGCAGGUCUAGGAUGCGUAGGGCUAACUGCUUCAUGUCUCGGUGCUCAUGUAACUAUGACUGACCUUCCUGAGAUAAUGCCAUUAAUGAGGCAUAAUAUAGAUGUCAACAGACACCUCUGGACACAAAGUGGUGGCAGCGCUACUGCUGAAAUUUUGCGUUGGGGUGAAGAAGUCAGUGAGGUCAAGGAAAUCAGUUUGUUACUCCUUGCAGAUUGUGUUUACUAUGAAGAGUCGGUAGAACCACUAUUUGAAACGAUCAAUGCACUAGCAGGACAUGAAACUGAAAUUAUUAUUUGCCAGGAGUUAAGAAGUUCUGAGCUUCAGAUUCAGCUGUGGAAGAAAUUUAUGCAGUUACUAGAAGAAAAGUUUCAGAUGGUGCAUAUCAAAGAGUCAGAACAGCAUCCAGAGUUUCACAGUUUCGAUAUAUGUAUUCUCAGAGGAAAGAGAAAAUCUGUCUCACAAUAGGUACUGAGAACAUAUUUCAAAUAGAAAUACCUCUGUCUUUCAAUGUAAAUGUCUCACAAUGUAAUUUGGAUUGUAGGAAUAUAAUAAGUCUUGCUACGGUCAACGUCAUUGUAUCAGGUGACUUGUUUAAUGUAUUUGUGGUGUUCUCUUUCAAUAAAAAACCCCCACUCUGUAGUUUUGAAGAAACAAAAAUUCCUCAUACCACAACUGGUGGCAUUAAUUAAUAUUUGGUGACAUUGUCUUUAAGUUCAUUGUGCUAUGCACUUAUAUUCAUUGUUGUCAUUAACUCAGUCAAAAUGUUGUGUAAUACUGUAGGGUGGGGGAUAUAAGCAUAUGCUAUUAGGAAACUAUGUAGUCUGUCAGAUUGUAUUUUAGAUCAGUAUUAAUCAAGGAUUAUUGCUAAAUUGCAAUACAAGUGGACAUUUGUUAUAACUGCUUAUUUCAGAUGAUGAUACAGUGUAGCUUAAUGGCAGUAAAUACUACCAUAACCAUGCUUGUCUUGAGGAUUUUUGGAAAGAGUACACUAGCAUGAAUGAAGGACA